UUUGUCAGGUCUAAAGGCAGGAUCAACUAAUCUUAUCCAGUCACAAGUACUCAUACAUAGGGAAACCUGUGAGGACAGUGUACGUACAGUAAGUCGUCAAGAUCUGGAAGAUUGGAAUCAACAUGUCUGCCAGUCUCACCACAGGCAGCAGCUUCUUUGGGACCACGACUGCAGUGCCUCCCAAUCCUCAUCUCAGUGUGGAUGCUGCUGACAUUGCUGUGGUUGUCGUCUACUUUAUCAUUGUCAUGGUGGUUGGAAUUUGGUCAUCCAUGCGAGCCAAUCGCAGCACUGUGGGCGGAUACUUCUUGGCUGGCCGUUCAAUGACCUGGUGGCCUAUUGGAGCGUCUCUGAUGUCCAGUAAUGUUGGGAGUGGUUUGUUUAUUGGUCUAGCAGGAACAGGAGCAGCUGGAGGCAUUGCAGUUGGAGGAUUUGAAUGGAAUGCAGCAUGGGUUCUGGUAGGUCUGGGUUGGAUCUUUAUUCCUGUCUACAUCUCUGCUGGGGUGAUCACAAUGCCUGAAUACCUGGCAAAACGUUUCGGAGGCCAGAGGAUACGCAUGUACAUGUCUGUUCUGUCACUCAUUCUCUACAUCUUCACCAAAAUAUCAACAGAUAUUUUUUCAGGGGCAUUGUUCAUCCAGGUGGCACUGGGAUGGAAUCUCUAUCUGUCCACAGGCGUACUACUGCUGGUUACUGCUGUUUACACUGUAGCAGGUGGUUUGGCAGCAGUCAUAUACACUGAUGCACUCCAGACUGUGAUCAUGGUCGGGGGCGCCUUUGCACUCAUGUUCAUAGCAUUCUCCAAGGUUGGCUGGUAUGAGGGCCUUGUGGAUCGUUACAUGUCAAGUUUUCCCUCAGUGACAGUUGCCAACACCACCUGCCACAUACCUCGUAAUGAUGCCUUCAACAUGUUCAGAGACCCUGUGUCAGGUGAUAUACCCUGGCCAGGUUUAGUGUUUGGUCUCACUAUACUGGCUACAUGGGUCUGGUGCACAGAUCAGGUUAUAGUCCAGAGGUCUCUGUCAGCCAAAUCUUUGUCUCAUGCCAAGGCAGGCAGUGUGUUGGGAGGCUAUCUCAAGCUGCUGCCCAUGUUCUUCAUUGUGAUGCCAGGCAUGAUAAGCCGAGCACUGUUUCCAGAUGAAGUUGCUUGUGUGGAUCCAGUAGUGUGUCAGAGUGUGUGUGGAUCUUCAGUUGGUUGCUCCAACAUUGCUUAUCCUAAACUAGUGGUAGAGCUAAUGCCUGUGGGUCUUCGUGGUCUGAUGCUGGCAGUGAUGUUAGCUGCACUGAUGUCAUCUCUGACGUCAAUUUUUAACAGCAGCUCCACUCUGUUUACUCUGGACCUCUACCACAAGGCCAGGCCUAAAGCUUCUGAGAGGGAGCUCAUGAUAGUUGGAAGGGUCUUCAUUCUUUUCUUAGUGUGUGUUAGCCUGUUAUGGAUUCCAGUUGUCCAAACAGCCAACAGUGGACAGCUGUUUGAUUACAUUCAGUCAAUGACAAGCUUUCUAGCUCCACCCAUUACUGCUGUAUUCCUAAUGGCUAUCCUCUGGCCACGUGCCAACGAGCAGGGUGCAUUCUGGGGUCUGAUGACUGGACUAGUGGUAGGACUUAUCCGCAUAGUUUUGGAAUUCUCCUAUAGUCCACCUUCCUGUGGUCAGCCUGAUCAUCGGCCUACUGUCCUUUCUGAUGUCCACUACCUGUACUUUGCUCUUAUCCUAUUUGCUCUCACAUGCCUUAUCAUUGUUGCUGUCAGCUUGGCCACAGCCCCAAUAUCUGAAGAACAUCUGCGCAGGCUGACCUGGUGGUCCAGACACUGCCUUGAGCCACGGAUUGACCUCACAGGUCCCCAGGUGACGUCUGACCUGGUGAACUUUCACCUCAGUUCUGACUCUGACCGCUUGCCAGAUUCCAAAUGGCAGAGAGCUGUUCUGUGGCUUUGUGGUCUGACUGGCCAGGGCUCUCAAAGUGUACAUCCAGACACUGAAAACCAAGAAUUUGCCUCCCUGCAGGAGAAGCCUCUCUGGAGAAGAGUCUGCAAUGUUAAUGCCCUGCUACUAUUGACUGUAAACGUGUUUCUGUGGGGAUACUUCGCCUGAUGUGCAGGUUUUGUGAAAGCUUAAGUUACUUUCUGUUUCACAAUUAUUCAGAACUCACAAAGUGGAACAGAGAAUGAAUUCUCAGAUAUGUAUGAGAUAAUUAUAUGAUUAUAUAUAAUUAUAUUAUUCUUAAAUGCACGAUGUCAAGUUUGUUCUCAAGUAAAUCAACUGCAUGCAUAUACCAUAA